AUGGCAAUGGAAGGAAUGAAAUCGAAAAGCUGCUCUUACGCCUUUGGUAGCCUUUUUAAAGCUAGCAUCUCUUUCAAAGAAGGCCUAUUCCAAAGGCUGGGAAAUGGGAAAAAAAUCAGAAUUGAUAAUGAAAGAUGGCACUCGAGUAUUAACAUCAAGCCAAAGAUUACAGCCAAUCACCCGCUAAAGGAAAACUUCACAAUGAUUGCUGACUUGAUCAACACAGAUAGAUCAUGGAAGUCUUCAGCAGUUUGGUCCUUGUAUCGAGCAAAGGAAGCUAAAGAAAUCCUAGCUACUUAUAUCCCAAGGGAAGAAGAGGAAGAUAAGAUAGGUUGGAGCCUAACAAAAUCAGGCCACUUUUCAGUGAAGACAGGAUAUUGGUUCUUACAAAGCAAAGCUCAGAGUUCGAGCGAAAAAACAAACUUCUGGAAGCAAUUAUGGAAAAUGGAUAUUUUUCCGAAAUGGAAACUCUUCUUAUGGAAGAUCCUCAAUCAUGCUUUGCCAACAGCAGAUAAUUUAAUCAAAAGGAAGAUCAGAGAAGUUAAUCCUAUCUGCUGCUUGUGCAACAUGCAAGACGAAGCUAUGACCCAUCUCUUUAGGGAUUGCGAAAUCACCCAAAGAAUCUGGAGAUCCUCUAUGGGUAUUACAGCGAACCAGGGUACUCAUCUUUUGAUACCAGAAUGGAUCAAAAACUUCCUCAGCCUCUUCAGAAAAAGGAAAAAGGAGAACGGAGAUAUUAUGGAAAUUGAAUUCAUUUCUACCCUCUGGGGAAUCUGGCUUCACAGAAAUGAAGUCAUCUUCAAAGACAGCUCCACAAAUCCUAAAAGGAUCACGGAGAUUACCAAAGAAAACAUCAUGAGAGCGAAGAACAGAAGGUCACAAAGAGAUACUCGUUUAGAGGAAAACGUUGAAGCAAACAACAGAGAGCCUGAUUGGGAAGUGGGCCAAAACAGAUCGAUAAACGUUCAAUCACUGGUGGUUGAUGGAGCUUGGAAGAAGAACGCUAAGUCUAAUCAGUGGCAAGAAGCUAUAGCCUGGAAAAACUUAAACAAUGACCCAAGAGAAGAAUUUGCAGGGAAAAUUUUUGCUACCUCUCCAGUCCAAACGGAAGCCUACGCAGUUAUGAAAGCUCUUUCGGACAUGCAGUGGCGCUGCUCAGAACUAAUCAUCAAAACAGACAAUCGAGAGAUAAUUCAAGCUCUCAAGAACCCAAGAGAAACAAAUAAGGACAUAAACAACAUCAUCAAAGACAUUAAGAGACUAGCUAAUAGUUUCAACUUCGUUUGCUGUAAGAAAGUAAAAAGAGAAGAAGUCAACUUAGCACAUAACCUAGCUAUUAAAGCUAGGAAAAGCUAA